CUUCAUCUACACAUUAUUAUUAUUAUUAUUAUUAUUAUUAUUACAUCAAUCAUAUCGUACAUACAUAUUUUUCUAUAAUACUUAUAUAGAUAAUUAGAUAUAAAUAGUCACAAAGAAAAGAGAGUAAGAGAAAUGGGGCCAAACGCUGCGGUGGUGAAACAAGCGGAGCUUUUGAGAAUAGACGGAAACAAUUACUUCAAGAAAAACCGUUUCGGAGCUGCUAUCGAUGCUUACACUGAGGCAAUCACGCUUUGCCCUAAUGUUCCGAUUUAUUUUACGAAUCGUGCUCUGUGCCAUCUCAAGCGAAAUGAAUGGGAGAGAGUGGAGGAAGACUCUAGAAGAGCAAUUCAGCUGGACAACCAUUCCGUUAAGGCCCACUAUAUGUUGGGACUUGUAUUGCUACAGAAACAAGAAUUAGCCAAAGGUAUCAAAGAAUUGGAAAAGGCUUUGAAUCUUGGGAGAGGUGCCAAUCCUAAGGGCUAUAUGGUAGAAGAAAUAUGGCAAGAGCUUGCGAAGGCAAAAUAUCUAGAGUGGGAACGUUCCUCGUCCGAGAGAUCCUGGGAAUUACAGAACUUAAAAGAAGCUUGUGAGUCUGCUCUAAAGGAAAAACAUUUUCUUGACGUCUCUGAAAUGGAAGGAUUUGUAGAUGAUACUACUACUUCCCAUUUGAAACAGUUGGAGGCUUUAGAAAGAGUCUUCAAUAAAGCUGCAGAGGAUGACAAACCAUCUGAGGUGCCAGAUUAUCUGUGCUGUAGAAUAACACUUGAUAUUUUUCAUGAUCCAGUAAUCACUCCAAGUGGACUUACAUAUGAGAGGGCAGUGAUUCUUGACCAUCUUCAGAAGGUUGGUGAAUUUGAUCCGAUCACGAGGGAACCACUUGAUCCAUCACAACUAAUACCAAACUUGGCCAUUAAGGAAGCAGUCGAACAAUUCUUGGACAAACAUUGGUGGGCUUACAAGAUAGAUUAACAGAAGAUUAAAGUUGGAAAUUAACAGUUGGUUGCAGGUUGUGUGUUCAGAAAAUGCAGCAGAAUGCUGCAUUAAUUAUGGUUGUUGUUGGUGUUCUGACUUUGAAAAUGUGAGUCCAUCCUAUUAUGAAGUGUACAUAUGGUUUUGACUCUGAUAUUUUGUGUAUAUAGUAGUCUACUCUGAUUUUGUGUAUACAUAUAAAUGCAUGCUGAGAGACUUACCAUUUCAUAUAUGCUUAAAAAGUGACUAUCAAACUAAUUAAUUUGGUUAA